AACAAAUAAAGGUCUGAGCGCGUCGCGGCCCAGAGGCGUAAAGACGCACGACUCUAGUACGUUAGUGAAGUAGUUUGUUCUCCUUCCCAAAGACGAGUAAUUAGACCAUGAUCAGACCGUUAAUCGGGUUUGAAGUGUGCUUUUGGAGAAGAGUGUUCUCGAAGACCGAAGUCCUGCGUCUCCUGUGACCGAUGUUGCUGAUCAUAUAUAGAAAAAGACCAAGUGGAAGUGUUUUUAACCAGCUAGCUAAACAUGUCAGAAGAAGCAAUUGUUUCAAGAGGGAGACAUAGCCCUGACAUACAUCGCCCAAACAUGUCAGAAGAGGAGACAGUUUCAAGAGGGAGUCCUCAAAUAGAUCGUCUGGACAUGCCCAUGAGAAGGAUGGUCUUGGUGGGGAAGACUGGAGCUGGCAAAAGUUCCUCAGGAAACACCAUCUUGGGCAGGAUGGGAUUCAAAGCGGCUAAAAGCGGAUCAUCCAUCACUAAAGAGUGCUGGAAAGAAACAGAAUUGGUGGCAGAGACACAGGUGGUUCUGGUGGACACUCCGGGUCUCUUUGAUACUACAUUUUCAGAGAGAGAUCUGAAAAGGGAGCUCAGUAAGUGCAUUAGUAUGACAGCUCCAGGACCCCACGCCAUUAUCCUGGUCAUACAGCUUGGUCCAUUCACCAUGGAGGAGCACCUCGCUAUAGAGAAGAUUAGAGCCAUUUUUGGUGAGGAGGCUGACAAGUACACCAUGAUCCUCUUCACACAUGGUGAUGAAUUGCCAGGAGCCAUUGAAGAACAUCUGGAAAAAGCACCCAAGCAACUUAAAAGGCUCUUAGAAUUAUGUGGAAGAAGGUACCAUGUCUUUGACAACAAUAAAACGGAUGAUCGCACUCAAGUUCUAAAGUUCCUGAAUAAAGUAGAACAUAUGCUAGCACUUAAUGGGGGUGAAUACUACUCUAGCGUCAUGCUUCAGGAGGUUGACCGAAAGUUAAAGGCCAAAGAGAAGGAGUUACAGAUACUGUAUGAGCACAAGCUAAAGAUGCAAAAGCAAGAACUGGAAGAAAGAUUCAAAGAAGAAAGAAGAAUUUUCCUGGAAAAAGUUGAAAAUCUAGAAGCGUCAAAUCAAGAGUUAAAGCAGUUAAUUAAAAUUCAGGAGCAGGAGCUGAAUGAAUAUAGACGCUUUUAUAAUAGGAAGCGUAAAUGUGUUAGAGAGGAAGCAGAACAAACAGAAAUUAGUGAAAAUAUAACAACGGAGAUAUCUUGUAGAUUGAAAAACAUAAUAUGAGGUGGCAUGGUAGUUAAAUAGUAGUCCAAAUAAUAUGUAAAAUCCAUGGAUGUACAGCAUAGAGCCAUUAAAAAAAUAACUGCAGUAUUCUGCAGCAUAAAGCUGUUUCAGUGAAAUAUUUCAUGGACAAAAUAGUUAUUAUGCAGUUAUGCAGUUUGUACACUGCAUUAUUGAAAAUACUGCAAUUCUUGGUUGCCAAGGAAUGGCAUGAGUGAGCAGAACAUAAUUCUUCUUUCUGCCUAUGGAAGAUGUGUUCACUUAUAUCAAUACAACAGUUACAGGUUGUUGUUGAGGUUGUUGAAAAGUUAACUCCAUUGAAACAAAACAAGAAGCAGCCUAGGUGUGAAAAGUUCAAAUGGCAGAUCUGAAAACAAGCACUUAAGUUUCACUUUCUAUUUGUUUAGGUUGUUUCUGUUAGUCAUGAAUUUGCUCAUCACGUUCGUUAGGAUAUAGAAACUACCUUUUUGGCUAGUGGAAGGUUUUGACGCUUAGCCUUGGAGGAGCCUUGCCUGAGAAAAGCAGCGCGAGUGAAACCAGCAUCAACAGGAACCAGCCAACACAGUCUGCUAUGCGCCUUACCUAUCUUCGACCGAGGGAUCCUUGUCUUGCCAGCAGUGCAAAACUCCAGGCCAGGCCUGACCGCCCAGCCUCUGAGGCUGAAUGACCAGACCCACACCCUGCGUAAGCAGAGCAACGACUGCAUAGUCGUGAAAAGCAGUAAAAUCUGCUUCAAGAAAUGCUAAACCUGUCAGUUAAUUACAUUAGGUUAAAAAAGCUAAAAAUAAUUCUCCAAAUUUUCAUAUUUUUUUGAUAAGUUGACCACAGAUAAAACCACCUAGACAACAAAUAAAGGAUAAACAUGCCUGUUGCACAAAAAUAUUCUAAAAGGUUAAGCAAAAUUUAAAUGUACACUUACUGUAUUAGGCACAAAUACCAUUUCAUCUUUUUUCCAUUGAUCAUAUUAUGUGUGUUGGAUAAAGGCAAAACAACCAGUCCAUCCCUACUCUUUUCAACUUUAAUGCCCUUAAUUGUUAUUUCUGGUGGAUGUUCCCCCAUGAUGUCACUACACAUAAACUUAUGUAUACUGACUGUUGUAACAUCAGCUCUUUAAUUGUUGGCCAUGAAAUGGUGCAUAUACUAUUUUAUUUUAUUAUCUUAAUACAUAUUAAUAGUUUUUUUAGGUAAAUGUAUACUUUUCUAUUGUUUGAACUGGCAAUUUUAUUUUUAUUUUUUUACAGUCUAUAGUAGAGGCGCACUGGAAUGUAGAGGAAAGGCUGUAAAACCCUGUAAAAUUGACCAUGGGCUCAGCCCCUGAUGUUGUUACAGUCUAGUGACGCCCUGCCUCAUGUCUGAUACCUUGGUUUAUUUUGAUCAGAUGUGUUAUGUUGUGAUUAUGAUGAUCCUGACCUUGUUGAGCGUUGUGUUUAUUAGUGGUUAUAAUAAACUGUAGCUCUGGAUCAAGUGA